UGAUGAUGAUGUAUGGUUGGAGUUACGGUACCAUAACCAUACAAUUUAAAAUAGGACACAAAUAAUACAAUUAAUGCAUUUUAAGUGUGAUUAAUAGUUUCGUGAUAUUUAUUUUUAUUUAAUUCCGUAAUUAUAAUGUAUUUUACAAAUUGACGAAACUUUUGCAUACUCUACUAUCGUCAACAUGACAAUUAUUAUCAUUGAAAAUGUAAUUUUAAUUGACUCAAUUUUAGCAUUCAUUAGUUUGCAUAUGAUUUUAUAAUAAUUAAUGUAAGAGCCAGUGCAGUUUAACUUUCAAUAAAUGAUAUGGUUUGAAUUUUUUCGAGCUCAUAAAAAUUCAAAUAAUAUUGAUUUGAGCUUAUAAUCUUAUAAAAAUGUCUGAGCCAUGUAGUGAAGAUGAUGGAGAUCUUAGGGAAUGGGCUCCUUUGAGUGCCUUUUUAAAAGAAAUUCCUAUUCAAACAAGAAAGGGAUUAUUUCUUGAAAACGUUGUAUUGACUUGUAUAGAUUGUAUCCAAGAUCAUUUUGCUGUAGGAACUAAUAUUGGUGUUGUUUAUUGGUACAAUCGAGUUUCAAAUGAGGUUCAACGUUUAAGACCUCAGAGAUCCGGUGCAAGCAUCACUUGUGUUAGAGCGGUUUCCAGCGUCGAUUAUAUGGUUGCGGCUGGAGACAAAAAUGGCACCGUUACAAUAUUUAAACUUCCGAAGCCAAUACCAGAGGAGAUACCUGAUGCUCUCAAACAAAAUUACAGCAGCAAUGUUGAAACCUUCACAGUUGGAGGAAUGCACUCUUGUGAGGUAACUGCUCUUGAAUGGAGUGUAAAUGGACAGAAACUAUUCAGCGGGGACAUUUUUGGAAUAGUUGUUUUCACCGAAAUAGAUUUUUAUAUGAAUUUGAGCAAAGCCUGUGAAGUGUUGAAUGAAAAGUACAGAAUCGUUCAACUAAGUUUCAAUCACAACAGACAAACACUGCUGGUAGCAACAGAAUUCCGGUGCAUUAUAGUUUUCAAAAAUGAUAACUGGAAAGUUGUCCAAGUUGGGCAAAAAGAAAGAAACAGGUUAUGUCGAUUGGGAGGAACUUUCAAAUCACAACUCUUGCGACCCAUGGACCCUGUUGUCUACACUUGUCGAUCUGGCUUUCGAAUAUGGCAAUCUGAUAAAGAUGGAGUAGUUCAGAAGACAAUCCUAUUCAAGCAUCACAGAGCUCUCCGUCGAUCUCACUGCAAAAGCCAACAUCAAUCGUUAGACACAAUCGGACAACAACAGUUCGAUGAAAUUAUAUUUUCAUCCAAAAAGAUUGCAUCGAAACAUCAAGGACCGAAUAAAAGCAAGAGAAAAAAUAAGAAACAAGAUCCUCGAAGCCCCAAUGCUGCUGCUACGUCAGACAACUCGGAUACUGUGAGUGUUAGUCCAAGUAUUCAAUCUGCUGCAUCGGAAGAUGAUAUCAAUGAGGACAUUCCUAGCAAGCAGAGCUCCACAAAUUUGAAUGGCAAUCAACUAGUGCGAGAUGUUCAGUAUUCAAAACUUGUUUCUAUACAGCUUGAUGAAUCGUCAAUGGUUAAAGAUGAUAAUGAUUCUGCUAUCAAUCUUCAAAAUUCGAUUGAAAAGAGAGACAGUGCAGACAAUGCCAGUGAGAGAUCUAGUAACAUAAUGGCUGCCGAACCUAGUACAACCUCACUUGCAAGAAAGCCGAAGUCGGAAAUUUUGAGUAAUCUAGAAAUACCAGUUGAUUUUAAACCUGACCUUCGUAGUCCGGAAACAAUUCUACGAGAUGUACAGGAGAAAGAGAGGCUAUUGGCUGAAGCUCUAGACCUCCAAGACGUCCUAUUAUCAACAGAAAUAUCUGAUAGCGAAGACUGUGUGGAAACAAAGAUAGAGGAAGAUAUUGUUAAACCAGAUUGGAGAGAGGAAACCGAAAAGCAGUUGGCUGAGCAGAAUGCCCUAGUUGCUGACGAACUGCAACCAGAAAGCAGCUCUUUGCUGCUGCAGCCAGAAAGCAGCUCUCUGCAGCUGCAGCCGUCUCACUCACAAACAGACCACUCAUCAGACCAGGAUCAAACAUCAGACAACAGUUUCUCUGACGACGAUGAAAUUGGAGAAAGUAAAUCUGCAAUGCUCUGCGAUGUUUCAUCCUCCAAGUAUGACUACAACAAUUCUCAUCCAACAGCAGCAGCGGCAGCCGAAUGGAUGGAGGGCGGCUGCAUUGACGGGUGGGUGCAGCACAGCUGCCCGGAGACGGUGCAGUGGCUGUCAGUGUGCAGCGAGUACGUGGUGAUGGGGGGACCGCACCUGUCGCUGCACUGCAGUCCGCUCGGCACUGCCACUUCGGGACUGGCUUGGCACAAACUCGACUACGAGGCUGUCAAAGUCGUCGUCUCUUACAACGGACAAAUCGUGUGGAAGCUGGACUUCAGUGGUGCCUACGCUUUGAAUGACUCAACUACAUCAGGUCCUUUUGGUGAUUCGUGGAAGUUGAUAGCACAUAAAGUGGAAAGUGUUUCUCUGACCAACGAUGAAGCUUGGUUUGUAACUGAUGGAAGAGUCUUCUAUCAAGAUCAAUUAUCAAGGAGCUGUCCCACUUCGUAUUCUAGGAUUGUUCCAAUGCCAGAAAUGGUUCUUAAAGUGUGUGCUUCUGAUAAGGUUGUUUGGGUCCUUACAAAAAUUUAUGAAGUUUUCUACAGAGUGAAUCACGAAGAUCAAAAAUUUCCAUUGGAGAAUAACAUUUGGAAAAAGAUAGAAAAGCCUGCUAACGUACACAUAGCUGAUAUUGCACUUGGUCCCAAGCACAUCGGCUGGAUAAUUGAUAAUUCCAACAAUAUUUAUUGCUCCGAUGAUUUUACGUCGUUUAUGCCAACUUGGUGGCAGGUUGUUAUCAGUAGCUUCGUUUUUGAAAGUCCGCGAAAUGUGAGGCCAGAAAAGUUUCUGGGACACAAAGAAAAGCUCUUAUCAAUAGCAACAUGUGAUUCUGGAAUAUGGAUUACCAACAAGAUAGACCCCUUCAUUCACAUGAACAACACAUCAGUGAUUGGUCAUCAGUGGUGUCCAGUGCCUUUGCAAGACCUUUCCCCGCUACUAAAGUGGAGACAGAUUUGUGCUGAAGGAGUCUACGAAGGUGCUGGGCAGUUCUGGCUACUUUCAAAAUCUGGAGAUUUAUUCUUCAUGAAACCGAAUUCAAUGAAAAUCAAGAGUGUACUUGGGCCGUGCCGGCCGAGCGAGGUGUUGUGUCUGUCAGCUGCGAGGCACGUGCUGUGGUUGCUCACUGAUCGCGGCGACAUCUUCAUCCGGCAAGGAAUCGAUGACGCCAAUCCAGAGGGCUUCAAGUGGAGGAAUUUGAAUCUCGAACAAAUAGAAAAGAGAGUUCAUUUGCGUCACAUAUGUUGCGGCAGUGAUGUGGUGUGGGCUAGUGACACCAAAGGAGACAUCCACAUGGCAGUGGGAUCUGCACAUUCUAUUGCCACAAAUACAUUUCCACCAGCUUGGGUUCAAGUUGAAGGAAAACCCAACCCAAAUAUUAUUUUCACAAAGGUUUAUGUAGGUCCUCAAACUUUCAUGGUCUGGGCUUUGGAUAGUAAGCACAAUGUUUAUGUAAGAGAAGCAAUUUUCCCCGAUUUUCAAUUGGGACUGGGCUGGGUUCCAGUCCGUGGAAUACAUGCAGUUCAUUUAUGCGUAAGCGAUGUUGCGGUGUGGGCUAUUUCUCCUGAAGGCUCUGUUUAUAGGCGAUAUGGUAUAACUCAGAAUAACUAUAUUGGUGAUUAUUGGAUGCGGAUACCCGGCAGCUUGACAGCUUUAACUGUGUCACUGAGUGAGGACAUGUGGGGUAUAUCUCAGGAUUCGAAUGAGCUGCUGACACAUUUGCAAAAAAUUGUUGCAUUUGGGGACAAGUCUGACACAACUGAAGACAAUGAAGUUUGGGAGAUGGUGUAGGUUGGAAUAAUUGUGAAAUAGGCUAAUAUUGACGACUUAUAACAAAAUUUAAAUCAUUGUGAUAAAAAACAAAUUUAUGGUGCUUUGAUUAUUACUUUGCUGUAUAUCUGCAUAUGUAGUGUAUUUGCGUUAGUUUUUACAUUUUUAGUGUUUUUAUUUAGGUGCGAUAAUGUUAUUCACUCUGAUCAUCACUUAUAUAUGUGUGUUUGCGUAUAUAAUUAGGCACAUAAGAAUGGCUUUAAGAUCCAUAGCUUAAUUUUGUAAUUGUAGUAUAUAUUCUACAACAAAGAAAUAUGUUUUGUUUUUCGUAUUUUCGUUGAUUUAUGUUUAUUUUAUACACAUGAUUGUACUAUUCUUUUUAUAAUAAAUUAUUAAAACAUUGUC